GCAACUUUAGUUCUUUUGAGGAUAUGGCCAUCAUCAUCACUCGACCUUCUGCGAUAGCAACAGAAUGUCACCUGCAACAAGAAAGGGGGGGAUGGAAUCGUUACCUGUCCCAAGUUGCCCCACUUGGCACACGUCCAUUCCAUCCUCAUCUUUAAAAAGACCAUUGGUGCACACCAUUCGUUGGGUGUGCAUUCAGUCCUGCAAAUUGUAGACUGGAUAACGGAGCAAUGGGAUAUUCUAGUUCAAGACAAAAGACAGGACCUUGGAUGCUACGUGCACUUGAAUGGUUCUGUAAGAGAGUCUUGGGAUAUUUUUGGUUCUCGAUUGUUUAUGUGGAAACUUGGGAGUUAUUCUCGUGACAAUUCUGCAUCGAGCUGAUACAGCCAGAUGUGCAGUCAUUCGGGAGAUGCACAAUUCAGCAUCAGCCGGCCCAUAGGAUAUGCCCACAAUGAAUAACAAUCAUGAUUAUAAAUCAUAAAACAAAAACAAUGUGGAAUGAAACCAUUCGAAUGUACAAAUGAGAGGCGCCCCCCGUGCGUGUUUUGGACUUUUAGUUAUUGUGUGGAGGAGGAGGAGAGUUUUGAUUCCGGCCAUUUCCCAACUGGAUUUCCAUUGUUCUUUUAUUCCAAGAUUGUUUUGUACGGAACGACGAACAAGGACGAUCAAGAGGAAAGAACUACGCAUACACACACACAGUACGCACCAACACACACAAAUCACACAACCCAAAAAAACAAACAUCCAACUUGCCAAUUCAUUUAAAUGCCGCUAUAAAAACAAAUGCCCAUCCACUUGCUCCUCCUCUUCCUCCACUUGCUAAUCCCGACAAGCUAUACCGCAACCACAAACCAAACCUGGGUAGUCACAUCCGAUAACGCCGUAUGGGGAAUCGGCGGACGAGAAGGCAACAUUUCUCCAAAUUGGAGUCCGAGCCAAUGGGGUGAUGUCAUUUUCUUUAACAAGUCGGUUGUGCGUGGGGAGGGGCGGAAUGUGGUGGUUUUGAAUCGGGAGGGGGUGUUUGCGCCGAAGCGGACGGCGCUUUGGGGGAGGGUUGGGCAUACGGCUGAUGCGGUUGGAGGUGGGAGGAUUUUGGUUUUGUUUGGAAAAUCCGGAAAUGGUACAUACGACCAAUUGGAUUACGUGGACCCCCAAACAGCCGUCCUCUUUCAAACGACCGAGAAACGCCUGCAAUAUAUUCAAACGACGGGUGACAUUCCUCCCGCACGAAGCCUGCACGUCUCCGCCUACGACGCAAUAAACGACCGUGUAUUCGUAUACGGUGGCGAACUACAACAAAACGCCAGCGGAAAUGCAAGACAAGAUUGGCAGACGGCGCAUACCGUUCACGUUCUAUCCUGCCAGACAUGGACAUGGAGUAAAGUUGUACCGCCAUUAGGAUUAAGAACGCAAAUGAGUACUCCCGUCGUGGGAGCCACUGCUGUCCUCAUGAACGGAUCCUUUAUAGUGUGUUUUGGUAAACCGACGCCUAAUCCAUGUUUAGAGUUUCAAACCGGGAAUUUAACGUGGGCGGUACCCAUGAGCAAUGGGUCGAUACCCUCACCGCGUAUUGGGGCAUCGUUGACGCAAUUGGGAACAAGUAACUUGGCGUACCUGUUUGGAGGAUACGACGCCGCAAACCAAAAAUAUUUAGACGAUUUAUGGAGGUUGGAAAUGUAUGAGGGGCAAUUGCAAUGGGUUCCUCAACCGCAUCCUGAUAACCAGCCUGGACCUACACCACGAGCCUUCCACGCCGCAGUGGACCUCAUGGGCCGAUUAGGAAUUUACGGAGGCCAGAGUUCGACGCCAUUGGAUCAGACGCUGUUUUUGUUUUCGCAGGGGGUUUGGAAUGAGGGGACUGUGCAGCGGGUUGCGGCGGGACGACCUCAGGGACCGACGCUUCCGACGCCGGAUACGGAGCAACCAAGUGUUCCUAGGACGCAAUCGCGGUUACCGAUGAUUGUAGGGUUGACGGCGGGGGGUUUGUUGACGUUUAUUGGGGCGGCUGUUGUUGUGCGGAGGCGGACGAGGGCGAGUGGUGGACAGAGAGGGUUGUUUUUGAGGGCUGUUUCAAAUCGGAUUCGGAAUGCGGGUCAGAGUGGGAACGCCGGUGGAGAUGUGAGUGGGGAUGGGAGUGUGACUACGCGUGAGGAGGACGGGAGUGCGAAUGCAAACAUAAAGAAUAGCAAUUUGACGAGUACGAACAAGAAUGCGAGUGUGCUGGAGAAUGGGGAGGUCAAGAGCGGUCCACCCCCUCUGGCUCCCAUUCCCUCCGGCCAUCCUUUUUCACCCAAUAUCCCACCCAAUUUCCCACCGACUGUCGCAUCCAAUGUCGUACCGAGCAUCCCAUCACCCGCACACGUCCCAUCCCUCUUGUCUCUCAUCCCCCUUCACAUCUUACCCUCCACACCGACCUCCCACACCCGCUCACCCAGCACCCGCUCACCCAGCACCCGCCCUUCAAGCACCCGCUCAUCAAGCCCACACUCGCCAAGCCCACGCUCGUCAAGGACAUCCAUGUACUCUAUGCAUACAUUGGGAGCCUAUGAUGAUGCGUUUGAAGCGUGGGCACGACGACAGUCUGGUGUCGAGUCCCAUGAUAAUGUCGACCACGAUAGUGUCGAUCGACAUCAUGUCGACCGCAUUCAUGACGAUGAUGACCAUGAGGAUCACCAUGUAGAUAUACCCACUUUUACAGACCACCCGGACACGGACCCAAUAGUCAUGACUAGAGGCUCUCCAAGUCGUCUUUCGUUUGAAACGGGUGGAACGGGGGGGACCUUGGGUGCCUAUGAUGAUGCAUUUGAGGCAUGGGCGUUUGGGGAUUAAAAACAUUCUUUUUGUAUAUUGUUGAAAUUUGUUUUUUUCUUUUUUUUGGGGAUUGUGUAUUUUUAUAAAGGAUUUUUUUUUUUUUUUUUCAUGUGUGGGUGUUUUACUUUCUGAAAUGAUUGUUAUCGUGUGUGUGUGUGUAUGUGUGUUUUAUUUUUUUUUGUUGGAUAGAUGGUGAUUGUUGAGGGUUAAAUAGUAUCUAUCAGG